CCUCAGAUGGCCCCUGAUUUCUAUUGUCAUGUCGACCAAUUUCGUCAAAUAUGGAUUGUGGGCGGAUUACAAUCGGUCCCCGAUCAGUCGAUACCAAAUCCUUCUCACUGACUGGUGGGCCGGCAUACUCACGAAUGCUCUUGCUGUCUUGAUUACCUCUGCUGGCCGCCCAUUGUUCACCUUAACGGUCGGACUUUACAACUGGCUAUGGCGCAAGAUAUCUUCUAGGUGGACAAACAUCCAGGCAGCCUCACUUCAAGAUGCCCGCGAUACCCAAGAGAGCAUCGGAAUCAUUCUCGAGCCUAUACGCCAUGGUGGGUUUGCCAAUGUUCCUCUCGGAGGACCUCCCAUCGGGCGAACAAAGGAGGCCAUCGAGAUCAUCGGUACAGGCGCUAUGGUGUUGAUUGUGCUUGGUCUGCCUGUCAUGUUGAUCACGGCUUCGAUAGUCUCAGCUGGACUAGCGACCGAUACAACGGCCCUUUCCAAUGCUUACACAUGUGGUAAAUAUGAACACAGACUCCCAAACUCGUCUGAUAUACUAUUGGAAUACGAUCAUAAAGCGGAAGUUGAAGCGAACAUGUAUGCAAUCGACUGCUAUGGUACUUCUCCUCUAGUCGAAAACUGCAAUCGUUUUUAUAGUCAGAACAUUACGUACACUGUCAACUCGGCGGGGUGUCCGUUCAAGGGAAAUGUAUGCGGUGAGUCCCAGAAUGGCUCCAUUCGACUGAGCACUGGGUUGACUUCCGGGUCCGUCCUUGGAAUCAAUGCAAAGAAUCCUUAUUUCUUCAGCCGGACGAUGAUUUGUUCUCCUUUGGUGACGGACGAGGAGUAUGUCGGGAUAGGUCUGUCUAGCCGAGGAGAGAAACAAUGGGAGUAUUGGUAUGGUUCGUCGCUUAGCAAUUACACAUGGGUAAAUCCUGUGCAGAAGAGUCCUUGGGAGAUCAAAGGAUACUCUACAAGCAUCCACUGGUGGGAUCCUAUAGCACCUCAAAGUCCUUUCCAUCCUCUCGAUGAGUUCACAGCUGGUCCUUACCCAGUUACUCUCAAUUUCAUCUCGUCCCACGCCAUCUACUAUCACAACUUUCGUAACGACAGCGUAUUUCCAGCUCAAACCAAAGCUCGCUUUGCAGAUGGCUACCCAGGUCCAGACCUAUACUAUAACAACUCCACACGCGCAGGUGUUCUGGGCUGCGUGGAUCAGUAUCAAAUAUGUGAAAGCAUCAAUGGUCCAUGCUCCGCCGGCUCAACCCAAUUCACGGGCUCCGAAGCCUUGGACGCGCAGUCGAAACUCAACCACAUGCUCUCUAUGCAAUUAGCAGACGAACAAUGGAAAGUCGAAGCAGAGAAAAUGUUCCAAACGUCGCUGGCGCGGAUGCAGAUCAAUCUCUUCGACUUCGUUAGGGGGACCGCGGCGGGUUAUCCGGGGGCUUAUAAUACUCUGCCGCCGGAGCAUCGGGGGAUGUGUGCCAUGGUCGAGAUACCCACGGUUGGGUGGAGGAAUGUUAAUUUGGUGGGCUUUUUGGGGACGAUUGCUGCGUUGGGUGUCGUUUGGGGGGUUAGUCGGAAGCGGAAGGAUGCUUCAGGAGAGGAGAUUUUGGUAGUUACCAUUAUCUACAACUCGCUGGUCAGAAUAGUUGUCUUUAUUUGGCGAGAUAUAUUUCGUCCAGUGGGUGUUCUAUUUGGGAAGCUCUUUAUUUCUAUAGUGUUGGAACCACUUAGGAACUUUAUGUUGAAAUCGGUGUGA